AUGAUACUGUUUGCUCUUUUCAUUAUUUCUUUUGGUAUUAAGUGGUGCAAAGAAGAUGGAGAAAUAACAUGUGUCAAUAAAAAUGAAGAGUGCUCUACUUUAUUUCAAUGGAGUAUCGAAGGUUCUUUCAUUUCACUUGGCGAAGAUGACAUUAAUUUAUUAAUAAAAUGUGCAACAGAAACAGAGCUUGUUGUAGGACUUCCAAACGGAAUAAAUGUUACAUUCAAGUUUGGUACAGUUUCAAAAAUGAUUAAAGUUGAAGAUCUAUUACAAAAGAAAAAAACAAACAAAACUUAUAAUUGUAACAUUGCAAAUUGCAAAUUAUGUUCAUUUGGAAAUUCAAGUAGUUGUAUUGUAUGCAAUGAUCGAUAUUAUUACUCAAAUACUUCAAAAACUUGUGAACGAUGUUCAAACCCCAAGUGUAAACGUUGUGAUUCAGAUCCAUCAAUUUGUUCUUCUUAUUUGAAUGGAUAUCAUGUUGGUGGUACUUUAAAACGAGAAACUUGUAGCGCAAAUUGCAAAAUAUGCAACUCUUAUGAAAUUUGCACAUAUUGUUAUCCCAAUUUUUACUUAGAUAAUGGAAUUUGUUUAUUUUGUCAAUUUUGUUCGAGUUGUAACAGUUAUGAUGGAUGUACUGAAUGUUGGAUUAAUUAUUACAAAGACAAUAAAGGUUGUUCACUUUGUGAUGUUAAUUGUCUUAUUUGUCUACAAAAUGGAUGUACUUCAUGUAGUAAUACUUAUUAUGUUGAGGGAAAAAAAUGUGGUCCAUGCACACCAAAUUGUAUAAAAUGUUCUGGACCUGCAUACAAUCAAUGUGAAAGUUGUGUCGCAAAUUACUUCGUAAAAGACGGAACAUGUAAGCAGUGUGAUUUAAAUUGUGUGGAUAAAAAGUGUGUUAAUAAUACUGGAUGCACAGAGUGUAAGGAAAAAUACUAUGUCAAUGACAAUAUGUGUUCACCGUGCCAUACAUCAUGUGCUACAUGUUCCGGUUCAAACGAAAACAAUUGUUUGACUUGUGCAAGUGGAACAUAUAGAAAUGGUAUAUAUUGUUCCGUUUGCGAUACACAUUGCACAAACCAUUGUGAUGUUGUUAAUGGCUGUACAUUGUGUCCAGAUGGGUUUUUUAUUGAAAACAAAAGAUGUUCUCAAUGUAAUGGAAAUUGUAAAACAUGUUCUUCUCAAAGUAUAAAUUGUCUUUCUUGUAAUCAAGAAUUCUAUCUUCAAAAUGCAAAGUGUUUAAAGUGUAGUUCUUUCUGUUCUGUAAACAAAUGUGAUCCAAUCAAUGGUUGUACUGAAUGUAAAAAUGGCUAUUAUAAAAACAAUAUGACUUGUUUUGAAUGUCACGAAAAAUGUCUAACAUGUGAUAAUGGUUCAAGUUCGGGCUGCCUAUCAUGUACAGACAAAGUAAGUUAUUUGGUUGGAAGACAGUGUAUUUUAUGUGAUACAAAUUGUGCUCUAAACAAAUGUUUAAAUACCACCGGAUGCACCCAAUGCAACCAACACUAUUUUGUUAAUAACAAAAUAUGUUCUUUAUGUCAUGAAACUUGUUUGACAUGUUCAAAUAAUCUUUCAAAUGGUUGUUUAACAUGCGAAAAAGGAAAAUAUUUUGAUGAGAAUCGAUGUGUAUUAUGUGAUGAAAAUUGUGAAAAUAACACAUGUGAUGCUGUGAAUGGAUGUCAAAAAUGCAUUUUUGGGUAUUUUCCAGAUGAAAAACGUUGUUCUCCAUGUGAUACAAUUCCAAAUUGUUUAUCUUGUAGCCAAACCAACAAAAAUCAGUGCACUUCUUGUAAAGAUACAUUCAUUGUCGUUGACAAUUUAUGUGAAUGCCCAAGCCACCUUUACCAAAACACUUCGAGCACUUGUGAUGAAUGUUACAAAUAUUCACCCAAUUGUAAAUUGUGUCGAAAUAUAAUAAAUUUCGGAAUAAGAUGUGAAGAGUGUUUCCCACCAUUUGUAACUGUUAAUGGAAAUUGUAUCAAAUGUGGAAUUAAUACCACUUUUAUUGGAAACGAAUGUGUGAAUAACACCAAAAAUUGUGAAAUUCAAAACGGACAAAACGAAUGCCUAAAAUGUCAAAAUGAAUUUUAUUUACAAAAUAAAAUGUGUAAACCUUUUGAACACAAUGAAUUGUGCAAAACAAACUCGAAAAACACAUGUGAAGAUUGCGAGAAUGGAAUCACAACAACAGGGAACUGCGAGGAGUCAAUUUGUAAAUAUUAUCACAAAGAUAAAACAUCAACAAAAUGUAUUCAAUGUAACAAACAUUCUAACGUUAACUUAAAUGGAAUAUGUGAAGAGAACAACAAAGAUUAUUUGUAUGACAACAAUGUUAUAUUUAAAUGUAAGGAAAGCCAAUAUCUUGAUAAUAACAAUUCGUGUCAUGAAUGUCAAGAUGAUCAAACAAGCGGUGUCAAAUGUAAAAUGGUAAAUUCAGAAAUACAUGGACUUCAAUGUGGUGGUUUAUUUGUUAUCAACGUUAAAGAAGAUAAGUGUUUUAUUAAUGAUAAAUGUGAAUCAAUCGAUGGUAACGAUUGUGUAAGUUGCGUUUCAAACAGAGAUUCAAUUAUUGAAAACACUUGCAAAAAUUGUGUUGUGGAAAAAUGUUCAUUUUGUAAAAAUGAUCAAUGUAUUGUUUGUGUGGAAGAAUAUCUUUUAACAACAACUAACGAAUGUAAAACAAAAGAAUAUUUCAGUUGUCAAAAAUCGCACUUAAAUAAAUGUUUGAAGUGUGAAAUAUCAUUCAUGCGAGUUGACGAGAUUAUUGUUAAAGCAGAAUAUUGUGAAGUAAUAGGCAACAACAUCAAAUACGCAAUGAAAUCUAUUUCUGUUAAGACACCCGUUGCAUUUGAAUGCAAUGAAGGAUUUGUUUUAACCAAUGGAUCUUGCAAAGCAACUAACCAACUUAAACGAGAUGAAAAUGCAAGCGAUGGGUGUAACAUUAAAACAACAAAAGGGUGUAUUUCCUGUUUUAAUGGAUAUUACAGAUCCAAUGGUACUUGCCAUAAAUGUGAAAAUGGUUGUACAACAUGUUUCAAUGCAACUUAUUGUUUGUCUUGUCGUCCCAUAUUGGAGUUCUUGAAUAAAGACAACAAAUGUGAAUUAACAGAAGACUUUUUCCUCAAGUGUAAAAAAGAAAUGCCAAACAUGGUUGGGUGUGCAAUUUGCCAAGAAGGGUAUUACAGAAAACAAAGUGAUUGUGAUGCUUGCCACUAUUCGUGUACUGUUUGUAAAGAUCUCAAUUCCUGUAUAACAUGUAAACCAGAAUUCUUUUUAAUACCAUCAGAAUCGUUGGUGUGUCAAAAUUAUUCAAGUUUGGUUGGGUGUUUAGAAAAAACACCGUUUGGGUGUAAGAAAUGUGAUAAUGGGUAUUACAUUGACUCCAAUGUCCCUCGUUGCAAAACGUGUAUGAACAACUGCUCUUUAUGUUUAAACCAAUACACAUGCAACGAAUGUCAAAAUGACAAUGUUUUUAUCAACUCGACUUGUGGUCAUUUUUCUCAAAUUGAGUUUUGUAUUGAAGCGAAAAGAGGGUUGUGUUCAAUGUGUGUCGAAGGCAAGAAGCCGAGUGAUGAUGGUCUUUCUUGUUCAAACAAAGUGAAUUUGGGAUUGGCCAUUGGUCUUCCGGUUGUGUUUGUGAUAAUAAUAGUAAUUAUAACAGCGUUGUCAAUUGUUGGAAUAUACUUGUUGUAUUUACACAACAAAGAGGAGAAGAAAAUGUUGAACGUUUGUGUAUUUAAAAUGAAGCGCUCCAAUGUCAUAUUUGAAAAAGUGAACGACUGGCUUGUGUCUAACAAAGAAAAAAUAAUAUUCAUUGAUGAAAACAAUGCAAAUAAUGAAAUCCCUGUCAACAAAGAAACUCGCGAAUUGUUGUGUGUUGGGAACAAAUCUAAAAAUCCAAUGAAAAUUCAAUUCAGUGUGAUGAAAGGGUGUGAUUACUACACAAUACGCACCGAACCCGCUUUGGUAAAUUUGAAGAGUGGAGAAGCGUGUGAAUUUGAAAUAUUUAUAACGCCGCUUUGCUCUUGUAUCAUUAAGGAGAAGAUUGUUUGUGUUGGUCUUGAUAUUAAAAAAGGUGUUGAAAUGACAGAAAAUAUCACAAUCAACGCGAAGACACAAAUGACAACACGACUUGAUUACCACGAGUUAAAAGAAGAGAAAAAGCUUGGAGAGGGUUCAUUUGGAAUUGUUUAUUUGGGUGAGUUCAGAGGACACAAAGUGGCAAUCAAGAAAUUGCGAGAAGGGUGUAAUGACGAAGCGAAAGUUCAUGAAUUUGAAAAGGAGGUUUCAAUGUUGGACAAAUUCAGGUGUGAGUAUUUAGUUCACUUCUAUGGUGCUGUAUUUAUUCCAAACAGAAUUUGUAUGGUCACAGAAUUCGCUGAAUAUGGCAGUUUAAAUGACUUGAUGAAGAAGAAAAGAGAACAAUCGCCUCGCAUGGCAGUCAAGGUGAAAUUCAUGUUAGACAUGGCAAAGGGAAUUAGUUAUUUACACAACAAUGGCAUAGUCCACAGAGACAUCAAGCCAGACAAUUUACUC